AUGUGGACUCUCAUAUUAAUGGCAUUCGUAAUGAAUUCAUUCAUCAAUUCAGUGGUUAUUAAAGACUAUUGGACUCGUUUGGGAGUUGUCUUCGACUACUUCGGUGUACUCGUGGGCCAAAGCAUUCAUAACAUGAUAUUUGCCGCAAAUAUUUAUAUAUUUCAGAUGCAUAUCAAUAUAUCGAUAGGCUUUUGGUUGAUCACAACAUUCGUGUUAAGACUCAUGUUUACCAGCGAUAUCGAGGCCUCCAUAUCAGCCAAACGGACCUUAUAUUUGGACUCAAUUGAGCAGUUGGUUGAGCGGCCAGACAUCAUACCGCUCAUCAAAGCCCAGUCCAAUGCCUACUACUUGAUCGCCAAAGAGUACAAAUCGCUGACCAAUAGGUUUGUGUUCAUCAGUCACUCGGAUAUGUUCAGUGCAAAUGUGAUCCGAAAACUGGUGGAGGAGUCGCACGCACUGGUGGCCAGUGAGCAGUCGGUUCGGCAGGUAAUUGGCCAUCACAACCGCUAUCCCUGGCAUUUGUGCCAAAACAGUAUAUACCCGCAAAUUGUCAACUUUCCCAUGAGAUACAGCCUAAAGCCGCAACUCAAACAUAAAUUAAACCGAUUGUAA